CUUCAUUUGUACAAGACAGAAUUCCUGUUGUACACGCUUAUAUACACUCUAGAUAGUCGGUAAAGGCUUUACCGAUUGCGCUUCAUCGUGUCCACAUACAGGCGCUGUUCAUUUUCGUGUUGGUGAGAAAUUCCAUCUUUGCUUCUUAAGAGAAUUUUGGUUGGAUUAUUUAGGCAAUUGAGAGCAUGAACAUAUUGCCAAAGAGCCAUGUUACCUCACUUUUUGAUAUCCGAUUAGCAGCAGAACAUGACGUUGUCGUCAUACAGGGAACCGCUGAGACGGCAGAGCCAACUUGGCUGAAGGGAAAGGUUGUUCUCUGUCUGACGGAGAACGUUGCAGUAAAAAACAUCACACUCAAACUUGUUGGCAAAAGAAGAAUUGCUUGGACGGAUUCACCGUCGUCUGGACGCGCUCAGCGUGUGAAUCGACAUGAUUCCGUUGUCUACGAAAAGGAAUGGUCAUUUCUCCCGUUCCAUGGAUCAAAAACUCUCCGGGCAGGCAAUUACGAAUACCCUUUCCAGGUUCAACUGCCUGGAAACAUUACGGAGUCUGUGGAAGGCUUGGUAAAUUGCUAUGUCGUGUACCGCUUGAAGGCUGUCAUCGAGAGACCCGGUCUUGCGAGCAAAAUUGUUAAGAAAAAGCAUCUUCGUAUCAUCCGUUCGUUACCGCCUGAUGCCGUUGAGUUCACACAAACGGUCAGUGUUGAGAACACCUGGCCCAACAAGAUUGAGUAUAACAUUAAUGUGCCCACGAAGGUGUAUGCCAUUGGCUCAUAUAUUCCUAUUAACAUCGUUCUUAUUCCUUUGUUGAAGGGUCUUACCAUUGGAAGAAUCAGUAUCGCUUUGAAAGAAUACAUUACCCUGAGCAUCACUCACGGACUGCCUGCCACUACCGACGAAGUGCGUACGGUGUGUUCGUUGCACACGGAGGAACUUUCAGAGUAUUCGGAUCACUACGAAGUGAACAAAAACUUACAAUUGCCCACGUCGUUGACGCGGUGCUUGCAGGAUUGUGACAUUCCGGGAAUCAAAAACCGUCACAAGCUCCGGUUCACCAUCUCGUUGAAGAAUCCAGAUGGACAUGUAUCAGAGUUGCGUGCUGCCCUACCCGUGACGUUAAUGAUUGCUCCACAACUGUUUGGCGAUCCUUCCGAAGUGGACUCGUUGCGUGAAAACUUUGAAACAUUUAAUCAACCGUUGCCCAGCUACGAACGGAGUAUGUAUGAUCGCUUGUAUGAUGGUUUAUCGUAUUCAAACGUUGAUACUCCUCUUCCCAGUGGAGCGAAUACACCCCAUCGUCGCAACUCAAUUGACCCCAUUGGGUUCAGCGGUGUCUCUGCCGAGUCACAUCGUCGCCAGUUGAUUGCUGGUUUGACGGCUCUUGCUCAACAACAGCAGCAACGACCUCCUCCGCCAAUCGACUUCAUGCCUAACGGAACGGAAGAAGACGGCAUGAGUGCACCCUCCUAUUCGUAUCAUUCUCGUGCUUCGAGUACAGCGAAUUCCUCAAUGGUUUCGCGCAAUCCCUCAGAAACUAGUCUGGCUGAACUAAGUCGGGUGCCCUCAUAUAGCGAGGCUACGCGGUCUUCUGUUUCUGAGUCUCCUCUCCAACCGGCGUUGCCAAGUUACGAAGAUGUUACACGCUUGGAGCGUAUGUCCUGUCCGUCAUCACCGAAUGCGACUACUCCCCCGCACUCGUUUCCCAGUAGUUCUGUCUAUUAUUCGCCGACCCUGUCCAGACGUUCAUUGGAUCAGUCUCGUUUGCUCAAUGGUUCCAACAGCGCUCCCGGCAGUGUUGGCUUAAAUCACUCUCAGAGCGCCAUGUCACUGUCGUCUUUGGCCCAAGGUCAUCCCAGUACACAACUAAACGGGGGACAACCCCAUCGGCCGCAGGUUGCGCGUUUGGGAAGUCAUCGAUCCGCACUUGAUGCCCUUCGCCGGGCGCGUAUGCUCCCUUCGUCAUUCUUCUCGUCCUCGUCACGCCGUGAGAACUAGCUCUCUACUCAACGGAUUGCUAGUCUCGUUCUUUCAUUAAACACACCUAUACGUACUACAAACCUUUCCGUACUUCAUUACACACAUUCUUCCACGCACACAUACACACACACCCACACAUUCAGACACACACAUAACUCGCUCAACACAAACACGCUGUUUCUUCCCCCAUCCGCACAACUCGUGCAGUGCUGAGGAGGGAUACAUGCUGUCGUUGUCGUUAACGUUCUUUGAUGGAUGGUCGCGUCGAAAACACGACGGCCUCUAUUCUAUGUAAUAAAACCGCGCAACUUGUUGUCAGGAGAUGCUAUUUGACGGUUGGUUGGCUUUAAUAAGUGAAAAUGGUUCGUACACUGCGCUCCUUGAAAAAGGGCGUGUAUCCAUGCUAUAUGCUUGUUGUUUCUUCAACAGCUACGUUACCACAGCCCAGCUUGGUGACGAUGGUCCUCUUCUUUUUCUUCGUUGGUGGUAGUUUCUUCUACAGAUACCGUUUCAGAGAGUAGUACCCCAGUAGUACUACGCUUACAAUAAUCAAGACCAUGUAGAGGAUGCUACGUUUUCCGGCUGUUCUGACAACACGAGCAAAUCGCCCGGCGACAUUAGAGACAGAGACCCGGAGACCGGCAAAUCCCUCACUCUGGCGCAAGAAUCGUUAGUUACAAUUUGUUUCUGUAGUAGUAAACACACGGUAGCUAGCCGGUGAUGCAACGUACUGCCUGGUCAAUUCUGGAAUAGUCGCUAGCACGAUUGUAAAUGUCAAUGGUAACACCUUUCAACGCAGAAACUUGACUUGACAAGGCUUUGA